AGGAUGUACCUUUUUAGUGUUUCUGACGAGCCGCUGAUAUGAUCAGCUGACAGUUCAUUCGUGUUGUUAUUGUGCUCGCUAUCUAGCGUAUCUAACGAAGUAAUUUAGGGUGGCUAGCUUGCUAGCGGUCGAAAUUGGUGUUAUACUGUGGUUCAUUUGAAUUUUCAAUGUGUUUCUUGUAGAUUUAAAAAGUGGUAUAGUUAUACAUAUUUAUUUGACUAACGUUAGUCGUAAUUUCAAAGGAGCUGUCACUCCUAUUUAGCUCUCGUGCAGGAUGACUUCUCGGCGACCGGACAAUUUUGAUGGUUUAGGUUACAGAGGUAUUGAGGAUCCUGCUUACAGUGGGGGCUACAGUGGAAGGUCAUUUAACAAUUCUUCUAGUGUGGACCUGCAGAAUUGGGUAACAACACCGCCAGAUAUUCCAGGUAGCCGAAAUUUACAUUUUGGUGAACGCACGCCCCAAUUUGAGGCGGCCCCUGCAGCACCUGGUGCUGAAGAUACUCUGCCCACAGCUCCUCCAUCCGAGCAGUUGAACAGAUUUGCUGGAUUUGGAAUCGGGCUUGCAAGUCUCUUUACUGAAAAUGUCCUGGCUCACCCUUGCAUUGUGUUUCGUCGUCAGUGCCAGGUCAAUUAUCACGCCAGAUGCUACCAUCUGUCCCCAUUGACUGCUAUCAGUGUGAUGUAUAAUGUCACCAAGAGUCAGGGUCCUAAGGCCUUAUGGAAAGGAAUGGGCAGCACCUUUGUGGUACAGGGAGUCACAUUGGGAACAGAAGGCAUCAUAAGUGAAUGCACUCCACUACCACGAGAACUCUCCCACAAAUGGAACCCCAAGCAAGUUAUUGGGCAUUUGGUUCUGAAAGGUUUGACCUGUGUAGUUGCCAUGCCAUUUUACUCAGCAAGCCUCAUUGAAACUGUGCAGAGUGAGAUCAUCCGGGACAACCCUGGCAUCCUGGACUGUGUGAAGGAGGGUGUGGGCCGGGUCAUGGGAAUGGGCGUCCCCCACAGCAAGCGCCUGCUGCCCCUAUGGGGUCUCAUGCUCCCCACCGUGCUCCACGGGGUCCUCCACUAUGUGGUGAGCUCCACCGUGCAGAGGCUGGUUCUCUUCCUCCUGCGCCGGAAGAGUCCGGCCAAGCAGCCCGUGGACGGCUCGGAGACGGUCCAGACCAUGCUGGAUGCUUACUUCCCAGAACUCAUGGCUAGUUUUGUGGCCAGUCUGUGUGCCGAUGUCCUCCUCUAUCCGCUGGAGAUGGUGAUGCACAGGCUCCACAUCCAGGGCACGCGCACCAUCAUCGACAACACAGACCUGGGCUUUGAGGUCCUGCCCAUCAACACGCAGUAUGAAGGCAUCCGGGACUGUGUAAAUGUGAUCCGGCGAGAGGAGGGAGCCCUGGGAUUCUACAAAGGCUUCGGCUCCAUCGUGGUGCAGUACUCGCUACACGCCACCGUGCUGCAGAUCACCAAGGUGAUCUAUUCCACCUUGUUGCAAAACUCCUAAAGAAAAACAAUGCAAAAUAUUCCUAAAUGUUAGUUUGACUUGGUGGUUGCCCCUUUGAAACCCUGUUUUGUUUUUCAUGCCAGUCUGGGUUGUGCUCAUUCUGGAAAAUGUUGUCAUUUUUGAAAAAACUAAAAUACCAAAAGAUGGCUUGAUUAUUUUUUCUGUCCAGAAGCACAUUUCGAGUGUUUUGCCGAGAAUGGUGUCCCUAAUUGUCAGCACUUCCACUGUGUCACAAAGCACUGAAUAAUAAUAUGUACUAUGAUACAUGGAAUCAAUAAAUAUCCCCAAUGGUCAUAGAAGGAAAUACA